AUGGCUGAACACACCUAUGCCUCUUUCGAUGACACCAUGGAGCGACCGACUCAGCGACCGCGUCUCUCCUUUACAUCAAGUGGUGACCCACAGGAAGAAGUACCGAACGAUUGGGAUCUACAAACGGCGCGGGCCCAGAACGACAACAAACUGAAAUCAAUCUUCGAGGGCAUUUUUGCGAAAUACAGCCAGGAUUUUACUGAGAUUGGCGAUGAGAUCGACUUGCAGACCGGAGAGAUCGUGGUGGAUCAUGGGCAUUUACUGGGCAUCCAGGAGGAAACCGACCCUGGAGACCAUGGGCAGACAUGGCAGUCCGAGGACGAGGAGUCUGAGGUCGGCGACGAGGAUCACGGUGCAGGGAAACAGGACGAAACCGAGGGCCUGGUCUUUGAGGAUUCAGACAAAGACCUAGACGACUCAUUCGAGUUUGAACGGGUGCAUUCGCGGAGUCCUUCCGUUUCGACAGAUUCUGCAUUGGCCGCGACUUCCUUCAAUCCCGAAGCCAGACCUGUCUCUGCGCAGCACGACUUGAAACCCCCUCCAGAGAACCCGGGCCCCGUAGACCCUCUAUGGCAGGUCCCUGAGAUUCCCCGACCAUUCGCAACGCCGACAGUGGAGAACAGACAUGCGCAAGUGGCGUUCUCCCCACGGCUUCCAACCCUCAACAUAGAGCCAUCUCCACCGGGCUCUCACUCGCUUUGGAGCAUUCCACGACGAGGGCGACCGCGUACAGAGGGCAAGCCCAGACUGACGCCGAGCAAAACCCGGCCUCGCCCGAAACGCAAGUAUCAUUCCAGCCCUGUGGCGUUCGAGGCGCUCGACUGGUCCUUCGCGCAGGCCCCUGCUAGCGACGACUCGGACGAUCCGCUGCAGGAGAACCAGCCAUCGCCCACACCAUUCAGGAAGGCCAUUGUUCGCGGCAGGAAACGCAUGCGCACAUCUCUUUUCCCCAAAACUAGCGACGACAACCGACCUGAACUUGAUCGCGAGUCGCCAACUGCCGAGGCUGGCCCUCAGCACCAAUCGGUUCCGAUGGCGAAAACACACCACGACCGUGAUGCCAGUCAUAGCCACGUGGAACAAGGUGACGCACAGGUCACGGUGGCAGGUGGCCCGGUCGACGUGCAAUCCGAUUCACCUGCACAUUCCAUCGCCACGCACGAUGUUGCGCCUGCAUCUGUACCUAUCCCCGUACCGUCACCGUCACCAGCACCGGCAGCAGUGUCGACACCAACCCAGUCUCGUAGUAGAGUGACGCCCGACGAGAUCAGGUUGUUUGUCCGCCUACUGCACGUCCAACGGAAGUCAUGGAAGGAAAUACAUGCUUCUUUGCCUCACCGGAAAAUGCAAGUCCUUCGUAACUGGAAUAGCGUGCAUUGGAACAAUGUGCGUGCCAACCCACCCCGGCUCACAGCUCCAUGGACAGGGGAUGAGUUGGAGAUUCUCGACCGAGUAAAGGAACAAUCGGGGAUAUCCUUCAAGGGGAUCCAAGCUGAGCUACCUGGUCGAUCCAGAGCGGAGAUCGAGUUUGAACUGCUACGUCGUUGGGUCGGGGAUGAAGUCUGGAAUAGCGAGCGGCGUACCACGCUUCUGUAG